AUGGAAAAAAGUUUCGAAUCUGACCCAUAUGCAACAGAUGAAAGUGAUUCGUUUCAUUUAACUGAAAACGAUAAUAGUGGUAACGAAACUUUGGGCACAAGUGAGCAUUCACCAGCAGAAAGAUUUUGUUUAACCGACGAGACUACCGACGAAAAUCCUCACGCCAAAAAAACGACUCAUCACCAAACGACUUUCAAAGUUAAUGUUUGGGCAGGAAUUGUGGAUAACAAUCUAAUGCCCAGUAUUUCUUCCAACAAUUUAAACGAUGAUAAUUUAUUUGCAGUUCUUGACAAACGAUUUACAAUAGUAUUACAAAAACCAAAACGCCUUGAAAUCCCAGAACUUCUCCGUCGGUAUCCAAUUCAAGAUCACAAAGACUUUCCUAUGCCCUUAGAUAUGGUAUAUUUCUGCCAACCUGAGGGUUGUUCUUCUGUCGGGCCUAGAAGAACAGCCCUACGAGAAGCUUCUUCAUUUGUAUUUACUCUAACAGACAAGGAUUCGGGAAAAACGAGAUAUGGAAUAUGUGUUAAUUUUUAUAGGCCCAUUGAAAAGACGCCAGCCAACUUAAACGUUGGAAAGGGAAGGACAAACACGAACCUAAGAAGGGAUUCUUGGAGAAAAAGUAUGGAAAAGAGUUCGGAUUCUGCAUUUUCCAGUGACUAUAGAAGCAGUAAUGUUGGCCCUAGUGACUCGGAGAAGGAUUGUCCAAGUAGAAGAGAUUCUGAGUCAACAACAGGGAAUCUUCCUCGAUUGGGCGUAAUACCAGCUAAUGAUUCGGAAAGCGGUGGCAGUCAUUCUCCAUCUCCUAGAGCUAGUCGGCGGAGACAAAGAAUUCGGAAUUUAUCACUUACAUCUCUGUGUAUUCUAUCUCAUCAUCCAUUUUUUUCGAUGUUUAGAGAAUGUUUAUUUAUUCUUAAAAAGCUAAUUGAUGCAUGCAACGAGUCUUCAAAUCCAAGAAGAGUUGGUGGUUCGAAACAGCUAUUUAGGGAUAACGUUUGGAGCGUAUUAACAGGUCAUGCAACCGAUACCACUUCAUCCAUUGUAAUUCAUGACGUAAAAGAAAUUGAAACGUGGAUACUCAAAUUACUUUCUUCUCCAGUGCCAAUACCAGGAAAAACAAAAGUUGAACUUGAAGUAUUAUCUCCAACCGUAUACGACCCGCUUGUUUUUGCCUUACCGAACCAUACUAGAUUUAGUUUAGUGGAUUUUCCUUUACAUUUGCCCUUAGAAUUAUUAGCUGCUAUUAGCUCCCACGCCUUUUGUUAUUGGUCUUCCUGCUAG